AUGUCGAGCGGGGGUGCUUUUGGAGGCAGUCGAGGCUUGAAGCCCAAGCCACCAGAGAAGGGUGUGAAGGAGAAGUACAUGGCAUGCCUGAGGAGCAACAGGGAUGAAACCCGGGCUUGCCAAUCCCUCGCUGAGGAGUACCUGCAAUGCCGGAUGGACAGGGACCUCAUGGCAAAGCAGGACCUGCGCGAGCUCGGGCUCGGGCACGAGGCCAAGACUGAGAGCGCACCGCGCCCAGACGAGAGCGCCUCAGCGCAGCGGCGGAGGGAGGCUCGGGGCUUUGUUGCCGGC